CUAGGGCUAGAGGAGCUGAUCGUAUGUCAUCAUUUGGUGAUUUUGUUGCAUUGUCUGACCAAUGUGAUGUCCCUACUGCCAAGAUUAUAUCCAGAGAGGUAUCUGAUGGCGUCAUUGCACCUGGAUAUGAUGAUGAAGCAUUACAAAUACUAUCAAAGAAGAAAGGUGGUAACUAUUGUGUACUCAAGAUGGAUCCUGAUUACAACCCAGUAACCAUGGAAACUAGAACAUUGUUUGGAUUACAAAUGGAACAGAAAAGAAAUGAUGCUAUUAUUGAUAAAAAUAUGUUCACAAAUAUUGUGAGCAAGAAGAAUGAUCUUCCUGAGGCAGCUGUACGUGAUCUGAUAGUUGCUAGCAUUGCAUUGAAGUAUACACAGUCAAACUCAGUUUGUUAUACUAGAGAUGGUCAAGUUAUUGGUAUGGGUGCUGGACAACAGUCAUGUAUCUAUUGUACUAGACUAGCUGGUGAUAAAACUAAUAACUG